AUGGAACUGAAAAUUACAGGAGGUGAAAUAGUAAUUGCAGAAAACUCCAGAUUAACAAUAAAAGUUUAUGAAUUAGAACAAAGAAUACACGCUUUAAAUUUUGAUAAAAAUGAAUUGAUUCAUAGAGUUGAAGAACUUGUGAAUGAAAAGGAUCGACUUGAAACAGAUAAUAAUCAGAUUCAUGCUGAAGAUGAAAGAGACCAUUAUCGUGCGGCAAAUAUCAAGGAGUUUGAGGAUUUUAUUUCGAAUUAUAUUUUUGGGUUGUUUGAUAAUAUUGGAACAUUGUUUCGAUUUAAUAAUCAAUACAUAACAAAUAUU